GCUUAACCGAGUAAAAUAUAAAAUAAGGUAAAAAUGCCUCAGUUGCAAGAUAAACCUCGGGCAUUGUUAGAAGAAUUCCGUAUUAAGAAUGCCCCUAAUGAUUAUGGCAUGGCAGAUGAGAAGUGGAACUUUAAAAAGUUCGUCAAAAACUUCCGUAUUGUGGUAGUUAAAAUGGAUAAUUCAGAAAUGGAAUUCGACCUUAUCGGCAUUCAACCUGCAUUUGCGAACGCGUUUCGAAGACUCAUGCUGAGCGAGGUUCCAAGUAUGGCUAUUGAAAAAGUGAUGAUAAAAAACAACACUUCAAUAAUUCAGGAUGAAGUUCUUGCCCACAGGUUGGGUCUGAUACCCUUGAAAGCUGACCCAAGAUUGUUUGAGUACCGUCCAGAAGAUGCAACUGAGGGCACAGAGUUUGAUACACUGGAAUUCACAUUAAAAGUGAAGUGCACUGCUAAUUCAUCUCAGUCUAAAGACUCAUUUAGAACAGAAGAUCUCUAUACCAAUCACAGUGUUUACUCAUCUCAGAUCAAAUGGCAUCCCAUUGGCAACCAGGCAUCUGUGCACAAGGAGGCUGAUGUGGGCUCGGUGCAUGACAAGAUAUUGAUAUCCAAAAUGAGGCCUGGACAUGAGCUAGAUCUCCACUUGAUUGCUGUAAAGGGAAUAGGAAAGGACCAUGCCAAAUUUUCACCAGUAGCUACCGCCUCAUACCGUCUGCUGCCAGAAAUCACAUUAACCCGUGAAGUGAUUGGAAGUGAAUCCAUACUCCUCCAGAACUGCUUUUCACCAGGAGUCAUAGGCAUUGACCCAGAAGGCAGAGCAUUUGUCCGAGAUGCACGCUAUGAUACAUGCAGCAGGAAUGUUUACAAAUAUGAGGAAAUCAAAGAUGCUGUUAUUCUAAGCAGGGUUCGGGAUCAUUUUAUAUUCAAUGUGGAGUCAGUGGGGGCCAUGGCACCUAAUGUUAUAUUUGUUGAAGCUGUUAAAAUACUGAAAGAAAAAUGUAAAUCAUUGUUAGAUGAAUUAAAUAACCUUAAUUGAA